AUGGCCGGACCGUCGCCCAGCGUCACGCAAGACGGACAAGCUUCCAGCAAGCCAGAGGGAGCCAGCGGCUCUAUCGGAGCAGCAGCUCCGACUGCCGUGACUCCGUCAGCAGAGGCUCCAGAAGCAGCAGGGGGCUCCCAUGCAGCGCCAGGGGGGUCUUUCCAACCGUCGACAGGCGCUGUCGCCGCACCCGCGGGCCCAGUAAUCGUGGGCCCGCCCGGAACCAUUCCCCCAGGCGCGGGGGUUCCGGGCGCAGGCGGAGCACCCGGCGCAGGGGGGGGAGUAGCGGGGGGGGUGGCGGGCGCGUCUCCCGUAAUGCAGGCUAUGCCUGGGGGAAUGCAGCACAUGCAGCCGUAUAUGAUUCCCCCUAUGGGACCGGAUGUGCAUGGCAUGUAUUACCCCGGGAAUGGAUACAUCCCCCACUACUACUACGAUUACUCCAUGCCAGGCUACGCGGAUCCUCCGCGCAUGCCCCCGGAGCAGUGGGAGGAGUACAUGCGCAUGGCCGCGCGGAUGGAUGGGGGAGCGGGCAUGAUGGACGGUCAGCAGCCGCCGCCAGGGUUUGGGUUUCACGUGCCACACUACCCACACCCACACAUGCCGCCCGGUUUCAUGCCCCCCCAUGCGCCUGGUCAACCGCCCCAGCCGCACAUGAUGCACCCACAUCAACCCGGCCAGCCGCAACCCCCGCCACCGCCGCUAACGGCGCAGCAGCAGUCGCAACAGGGGCAGCAGCAGCAAGGGCAGGGGCAGGCGCAGCAGCAGGGACAGGCGCAGCAGCAGGGGCAGGAGCAGGGGCAGGGGCAGCAGCAGGGGCAGGAGCUGACACAAGGUGCGCAGCAGCAGCAACAGCAGGAUCAGAAGCAAGCACAAAGAAGCAACCAGCAGACAGGGCAGCAACCGUCAGGCCAGCAACAGCAACAGCAGCAGCAGCAGCAAGUGCAACAGCAAGGGCAGCAACCCAACCAGCCGCAGCAACAACAGCAGCCGCAGCAACCCCAGCAGGGCAUGGCCCUUCACCAUCCUCCGCCCGGCUUCAUGCCUUUCAUGCCCCCAGGCGCACACCCGUCCAUGAUGGGCGCUCACAUGUUCGGCGCCCCUCCCCCCGGGUACCCCUUUCAAGGUCCUCCUAUGUUUCAGCCGCCCCUACUCCGUCCGCCCUCGCCUGGCGGAGGACCCAUGUUCCAGCUGCCCCUGCUCCGCCCUCCUUUGCCUGGAGACCCAGCGCAGCCUGGCGAUUCCGCCCAGUCAGCUGCAGCAUCCGCGCACAUCCGCCCAAGUCACAUGCCCCCAGUCUGGCCCUUCUCACACUCAUGCUGUCUCCCCACCCCCCAUUCCUCUUCCCCCCUCGACCUCCCCCCCUUCUCCCCCCCAGACCCAGCCCAGCCUGGCGAUUCCUCCCAGCCAGGCGCAGCAUCCGCGCACAUCCGCCCAGGUCACAUGCCCCCAGUGAUCGGCGCCCCUCCCCACAUGCCCCACAUGCCCAUGCACGCCUACCCCCGCCCCUCCCCCAUGUCCUCCGCCUCCCCGCCCAUAAACCCGCUCCCCAUGGGCCGUGGGGUGUACAAUCUCCUCCCCCGCGGAGGGCAGCAGCCUAUGGGCGGGCGCGGGGUGGACGGUGGCGGAGGAGGGGGAAGGGGAGGCGGGCGCGGAUGGGGGGGGAACAGGCGGGGGCAAGGCCCUGGGGGUGGGGGCCAGGCAGGCGGAGGGGGAAGCGGGGGAGGGGGAAGCGGAAGUGGCGUGGGCGCAAGUGCAGCUGCAGGCGGAGGAGGAGCAGGAGCGGGAGCAGGGGCAGGGGGAGCAGCGGGGGGAGGCGGGGGGAACACGGGGGGGGCGGGUUCCCCUGCUAACAGAGGAGCUGGUCUUUUAGGCAGCAUGGGGGGACAGGGGCAGCAACAGCAGCAGCUAGGCCAACAGGGGCAGCAGGGGCAACAAAACGGUGUGUAUGACGGGUCUAGCGAGCAGAACAGAGGCCCUAGAACGGGCAGAAGUAGGGGGCAGGGCCUUCCCACCCCCUCUGCACCUGGCGCUCCCAGUGCGUCUAUGCCUAUAGGAGCAGCUGCUGGCGCCAUAGGGGAGCCUAUCGGCGCUGCUGCUGCUGCUGCUGCAGCUGCAGCAGGGGCGGGAGCAGGGGCAGCUGGGGGAGCGGGGGGAGCGAUGGGGGCAGCAGUGGCAGCAGGGGGGGCACGGGGCGGAAUAACCCUGCGUCCAGACGAGUACAAUCGGGCAGACUUCAAGACGUCGUACGAGGCGGCGAGAUUCUUUGUGAUAAAGAGCUACAGCGAGGACGAUGUGCACAAGAGCAUCAAGUACGGCGUGUGGGCGUCCACCCCCACGGGCAACAAGCGCCUCGAUGCCGCCUUCAAGGACGCCGCAGGGAAGAGCAGCGCCACCCCCUGCCCCGUCUUCCUCUUCUUCUCUCAAGGACGAGACGAUGUGCACAAGAGCAUCAAGUACGGCGUAUGGGCGUCCUUCCCCACGGGCAACAAGCGCCUCGAUGCCCCCAAGGACGCCGCAGGGAAGAGCAGCGCCACCCCCUGCCCCGUCUUCCUCUUCUUCUCCGUAAGUUCGGUGUUUGUGCAUGUUCCUCCUUCGACCAGCCAGCCCCCCCUGGGGGUGCGGUUCUUUGUGAUAAAGAGCUUCAGCGAGGACGAUGUGCACAAGAGCAUCAAGUACGGCGUGUGGGCGUCCACCCCCACGGGCAACAAGCGCCUCGAUGCCGCCUUCAAGGACGCCGCAGGGAAGAGCAGCGCCACCCCCUGCCCCGCCUUCCUCUUCUUCUCCGGAAUUGCCUUCUACCCAGGUGAACGCGAGUGGGCAGUCCUGUGGGGUGGCGGGGAUGCUGACCCCAGUGGACUUCACUCGCACACUUUAUCUUUCCUUCCCUUUCCUUUCCCCCCCUCUUUCCCCCUUUCUCCCCUGUCUCGAUCCCUCCUCUCACCCUCCCUGUUUCAGGUGAACGCGAGUGGGCAGUUCUGUGGGGUGGCGGAGAUGCUGACCCCGGUGGACUUCACUCGCAGUGUGGACUACUGGCAGCAGGACAAGUGGAACGGACACUUCCAGGUCAAGUGGCAUGUGAUCAAGGACGUGCCCAACUCGCAGUUCCGGCAUAUAAUCAUCGCUUCCAAUGAUGGCAAGCCUGUUACCAACAGCAGAGACACGCAGGAGGUGAGAAGGGGUGCCGCUGCAGCAGGGCAGGAGAUGCUGCGGCUGUCCAAGGGCUACUUGUUCCAGGGAUUCACCCUCUCCCCCCACUCCCCCCUCUCCUCCUAUCCCCCAGGUGCCGCUCUAGUAGGGGCAGGAGAUGCUGCGGCUGUGCUGCUGCAGCAGGGGCAGGAGAUGCGGCGGCUGUUCAAGGGCUACUCGUCCUCAGUGGCGCACGGUGCCGCUGCAGCAGGGGCAGGAGAUGCUACGGCUGUUCAAGGGCUACUCGUCUCCACGGUGCCGCUGCAGCAGGGGCAGGAGAUGCUACGGCUGUUCAAGGGCUACUCGUCUCCACGGUGCACGCUGCACUGCCUGCUCAGUCUCCCCGAUUCCUUGGUCCUCUCCCCUCGCCUUCCUCCCUCCUCCCCUCUCCCACCAGGUGCCGCUGCAGCAGGGGCAGGAGAUGCUAUGGCUGUUCAAGGGCUACUCGUCUCCACGGUGCCGCUGCAGCAGGGGCAGGAGAUGCUACGGCUGUUCAAGGGCUACUCGUCUCCACGGUGCACUCUGCACUGCCUGCUCAUUCUCCCCGAUUCCUUGGUCCUCUCCCCUCGCCCUCCUCCCUCCUCCCCUCUCCCACCAGGUGCCGCUGCAGCAGGGGCAGGAGAUGCUACGGCUGUUCAAGGGCUACUCGUCUCCACGGUGCCGCUGCAGCAGGGGCAGGAGAUGCUAUGGCUGUUCAAGGGCUACUCGUCUCCACGGUGCACGCUGCACUGCCUGCUCAUUCUCCCCGAUUCCUUGGUCCUCUCCCCUCGCCCUCCUCCCUCCUCCCCUCUCCCACCAGGUGCCGCUGCAGCAGGGGCAGGAGAUGCUACGGCUGUUCAAGGGCUAUUCGUCCCGCACGUCCAUUCUGGACGACUUUACCUUCUACGACUCGCGCCAGCGCGCCAUGCAGGAGCGGAAGACCCGCCACCCCUCCCACCCAACCACCUCCUGAAUCACCCAUGCUCCUCCUCCUCCUCUCCCCCUCUUUUCCUCCUCUCCCCCUCUUUUCCUCCUCUCCCCCUCUUUUCCUCCUCUCCCCCUCUUUUCCUCCUCUCCCCCUCUUUUCCUCCUCUCCCCCUCUUUUCCUCCUCUCCCCCUCUUUUCCUCCUCUCCCCCUCUUUUCCUCCUCUCCCUCCUCUCGAUGUCUGCCCCUCUCCCUGUUGCUCCGUUUCUCCAUUCUCCCCGCUCUUCCCCCUCCAGGUGCCGCUGCAGCAGGGGCAGGAGAUGCUGCGGCUGUUCAAGGGCUACUCGUCGCGCACAUCUAUUCUGGACGACUUUACCUUCUACGACUCGCGCCAGCGCGCCAUGCAGGAGCGGAAGACCCGCCACCCCUCCCACCUCUACUACCUCACUUUUCCCCACCUUUCCUUCCUCUAUUCCCAUUACUCUUUCCCUCUGUUCCCCUGCUCCGCUGUUCCCUUGCUCUCUUGCUCCCUUUCUCCCCUGCCCCGCUGUUCCCUCUACUCCGCGGUUCUCCCCGCCUUGGCUUGA